CUACAGAAGAAGAAGAUCCUCAGUGUUUUACAGAGAAACAGGAUCUGAUCUGCUGCAGAUUUGCAAUAGUGCUCCUAGUGUUCACAAAGCAAUGAAAAAUGAAUGGCGAACACCCAAACGAACGUCACCAAGAAGAACAUCUUGCAAUGCUUUCAUCAGAAGAGAUGCAGUGCGAGAGUGUGGUUUCUGAAAGCUCCGGUUCCCAGCGAACACCCUCUUUACCUCUCAACAGUAAUAAUGUACCUGGUGGACAAAAGCAAAACCGUAUGGGGAAAAUGAAAAUCCAUCUCUGCCCAGAUUGUGGAAAGACUUUCACGUCCCCGAGUCUUCUCCAGAGACACCAGCGUGUUCACACCGGAGAGAAACCGUAUCAGUGCUCGGACUGCGAGAUGUGUUUUAAUCGAAUGGGAACUCUUAAAAAACACCAGCUGCUUCACACUGGAGAGAAACCGUAUCGGUGUUUAGACUGCGGGAAGAGUUUUCGACAGAGUGGUGCCCUCAAAACGCACCAACGCGUUCACACUGGAGAGAAACCGUAUCAGUGCUUAGAUUGUGGGAAGAGCUUUAGAAAGUGCGAUACUUUAUCAGCACACCAGCGAAUUCAUACCGGAGAGAAACCGUUUCAAUGCCAAGAGUGUGAAAUGAGUUUUAAUCGGCAUAGUACUCUCAAAAGACACCAGCUCAUUCACACUGGAGAGAAACCGUUUUAUUGUUCAGACUGCGGCAAACGCUUCAGAGAAAACGGCGCCCUAAAAACUCACCAGCUCAUUCACUCUGGAGAGAAACCCUUUCAGUGUUUGGUAUGCGGUAAGAGUUUUCGAGAAAGUGGUGCCCUGAAAACGCACCAACGCAGUCACACUGGAGAGAAACCGUAUCAGUGCUUAGUGUGCGGAAAGAGUUUUACCGCACCGAGUCUUCUCCAGAGACAUCUACGCGUUCACACUGGAGAGAAACCGUUUCAAUGCCCAGAUUGUGGCAAGAGUUUCAACCAACAGGGUCACCUCCAGCUCCACCAGCACGUUCACACUGGAGAUAAACCGUAUCACUGCUCAGAGUGUUGGAAGGGUUUCGUUCGGCAGAACGAUCUCCAACUCCACCUCCGCGUUCACACCGGAGAAAGACCACAUCACUGCUCCGAAUGCGGGAAGAGUUUUAUUCGACGGACUGACCUCCAACUCCACCAGCGCGUUCACACCGGAGAGAAACCGUAUCACUGCUCCGAGUGUGGGAAGAGUUUUACUGCACCAAGUAUUUUCCAGAGACACUUACGCAUUCACACAGGAGAUAAACCACAUCACUGUUCAGAGUGUGGGAACAGCUUCCGACUGUCCAAACUGAAGACGCACAAAUGCGUAAAGAAAGAGGCAAAACCUUAAAAUCAUAAAGGAUUCUGAUUUCUAUGGUUAUAAGCAAAAAAAGUCAGCCAAACUUAAAGGUCACACUCUAAUAUUUAACAUACAAUAUAAAAUAAUAAUAUUUUCUAGUAAAUAAAUCAAUGAAUGAAGCUACACUUAUAUAGCACCUUUUUAGAGACCCAAGGACGCUUUAAAAUGUAUACUAUUUGCACACAACCAUUUAUACUCAGCCCUCAUCCACACAACCGGUGAGAAGCGGCAGCCAAUAGCGCACAGCGUACUCUCAACCGGAAACAACCACCGUCCACCUGGAGCACUGCAUUCAGCACUUACCCAGCAUUUAGCAUUUACCCAGGACAGAGGGCCAAUCAAUACCUGGGCAAACAGGCAUACAUACAUACUUACAUACAUAUCACACACUUUACACAUACACGCAGAUCAAUUUGGAGUAUUCAGACACGAGAAGAACAUGGAAACUCCUCCACCCAGUUAGGGACUUGAACCCAACAACCCAGUGCUAGUAGGCGAACGGGCGGCUAACCACUUAGCCACUGUGCCGCCAUAUUGUAAUGCAAUGCUGUGGUAUUAAAUGAUUCUUAAUGUUAAAGUGUCUGCAGUAACAUCUGCUUUUGUACCAAUACUAAGGGCUGUUAAUGGGGGAGGGUUAACAAAGCAGGGGUCCAGAGUUUUGGUUU